AUGGCCAUGUACGCGUCCAUCGACGAGGCUGCAUGGGGCUCAUCUCUUCCUAGCCUCUGCUGCAUGUGCGGCGUCUCGAUCGAACCCAACCUCGCCAACAUGUGCGUGGCCUGCCUCUCGAACGAGGUCGACAUCACCGAGGGCAUCACGAAGGAAGCUGUCUUGAUCCAGUGUCGUGGCUGCCUCCGCUUCCAGCGCGGUGCCAAGGGCAACGACGGCGCGUUCGCCGAGUGCCCGCUCGAGUCGCUGGAGCUCAUGACGCUCUGCCUCAAGAAGAUCCAGGGCCUUGGCCGCGACGUGAAGCUCAUGGACGCGAGCUUCAUUUGGACCGAGCCCCACAGCAAGCGCAUCAAGCUCAAGCUCACGAUCCGCAAGGAGGCCAUGCGCAAUGCGAUGGUGCAAAAGUCGUUUGUCGUGACCUUUGUCGUUGAGAACCUCAAGUGCGCCGACUGCAACAAGCAGUACCGCAACAAUACGUGGCAGGCGCUCGUGCAGAUCCGCCAAAAGGUCCCCCACAAGCGCACGUUUCUCCAUCUCGAGCAGAUCAUCCUCAAGCACCAAGCGCACACGCGCUGCAUUGGCAUGGCGUCCGAGAAGGAUGGCAUGGAUUUUUUCUUCGGCGAGAAAAACUCAGCCGAGCGCUUUGCCUCGUUCCUGAGCCAGCACGUCCCGCUCCGUACCAAGAUGGCGCGCAAGCUCGUCUCGACCGACAACCAUAGCAACACGGCCAACGUCAAGCUCACGAUCGUGGCCGAGAUCGCGCCGCUUUGCAAGGACGACCUCGUGAUCCUCGAGAAGCGCAUAGCGCAGCAGUGCGGCAUGUCGGUCGCCGUCGUCUCGCGCGUCACGACCCAGAUCCACCUCGUCGACCCGCGCACAUGCCGCCGGUCGGAGGUCACGUCGGAAAAGUACUGGAAGCACCCCUUCCACGCACUCGACACGGCCGCGUCGAUGGUCGAGUUUAUCGUGCUGGACGUCGAGCCGCUACAAGUGACGCCCAAGGACACGCAAGACAGCGCCGAUCUGCUGGCGGUGGUCGAGGUCGCCCGCGUCUCGGACUUUGGCUUCAACGAUACGACGUUCCACGUGACGAGCCACCUCGGGCGGUACCUCUCGGCCGGCGACACGGUCAAGGGCUACGACCUCGGGAUCUGCAACUUUGGGUCGUCGCAGCUGUACCACCUCAAGGACGAGCUCCCGGACAUCAUCCUCGUCCGCCGCGUGUUUCCGAAGAAGGAGAAGGAAGGGAAGCGCCAAGAGCGCAAGAAGCUGCGCUGGCAAGCCAAGGCCAAGGCGAGCGCCAAGGACCGCGAGCGCGAAGAGGAGGAGUUUGAGGCGUUCAUGGACGACUACGAGGAAGAUCAUGCCGGUGACGAGGCCAUUGAAACGCCACUGCUCGAGUCGGUCGAUGGCGGCGAUGACGAUGCGAUCGACGCCAUGGACGCCGACGACGUGGCUGAUGUCGACGAGGCGGUGGCGGACGAGGCCAAGGUGGUUACGUAG